UCCAAAAUUACUCAAACGGUCACUACACUUCCAGUAUUCCCUCAACAACUCAAAUUGUAUCAACUUAUCCCAAAGCACCAACACCAAAGUCUCAAAAUACCCCUCAACCUUCAGUACCAAAUAAUGCACCGAAUCCAUCUAAGANAGGACCUCAGCCAUCAACUCCAGUUACUUUUCCAGUACAACCAACAANAGGACCGAGUCCAUCUAAGANAGGACCUCAACCAUCAAAUCCAGNAACUUCUCCUGUGGCGUCUCCAAUACAGCCAACAAAAGGACCGAGUCCUUCUAAGANAGGACCGAGUCCAUCGAAUCCAGNAACUUCUCCUGNGACGUCUCCAAUACAACCAACAANAGGACCAAGCCCUUCUAAGANAGGACCAAGUCCUUCUAAGANAGGACCGAGUCCAUCGAAUCCAGNAACUUCUCCUGNGACGUCUCCAGUACAGCCAACAAAAGGACCGAGUCCAUCUAAGANAGGACCUCAUCCAUCGAAUCCAGNAACUUCUCCUGNGACGUCUCCAAUACAGCCAACAANAGGACCGAGUCCAUCUAAGANAGGACCUCAACCAUCAAAUCCAGNAACUUCUCCUGNGACGUCUCCAGUACAGCCAACAAAAGGACCAAGUCCUUCUAAGANAGGACCGAGUCCAUCGAAUCCAGNAACUUCUCCUGNGACGUCUCCAGUACAGCCAACAAAAGGACCGAGUCCUUCUAAGANAGGACCUGAAUCCAUCGAAUCCAUACAGCCAACAAAAGGACCAAGUCCUUCUAAGANAGGACCUCAACCAUCAAAUCCAGNAACUUCUCCUGNGACGUCUCCAAUACAACAAACAAAAGGACCGAGUCCAUCUCAGANAGGACCUCAACCAUCAAAUCCAGAAACUUCUCCUGNGACGUCUCCAAUACAACAAACAAAAGGACCAAGUCCAUCUAAGANAGGACCUCAACCAUCAAAUCCAGAAACUUCUCCUGNGACGUCUCCAAUACAACAAACAANAGGACCGAGUCCAUCUAAGANAGGACCUCAACCAUCAAUUCCAGNAACUUCUCCUGNGACGUCUCCAGUACAGCCAACAAAAGGACCAAGUCCUUCUAAGANAGGACCGAGUCCAUCGAAUCCAGNAACUUCUCCUGNGACGUCUCCAGUACAGCCAACAAAAGGACCAAGUCCUUCUCAGANAGGACCUGAGUCCAUCAAAUCCAGUAACUUCUCCUGUGACGUCUCCAGACCUCAACCAUCAAAUCCAGAAACUUCUCCUGNGACGUCUCCAAUACAACAAACAAAAGGACCAAGUCCAUCUAAGANAGGACCUCAACCAUCAAAUCCAGAAACUUCUCCUGNGACGUCUCCAAUACAACAAACAAAAGGACCAAGUCCUUCUAAGANAGGACCUCAACCAUCAAAUCCAGNAACUUCUCCUGNGACGUCUCCAAUACAGCCAACAANAGGACCGAGUCCAUCAAAUCCAGNAACUUCUCCUGNGACAANAGGACCGAGUCCAUCUAAGANAGGACCUCAACCAUCGAAUCCAGNAACUUCUCCUGNGACGUCUCCAAUACAACAAACAAAAGGACCAAGUCCUUCUAAGANAGGACCUCAUCCAUCAAAUCCAGNAACUUCUCCUGNGACGUCUCCAGUACAGCCAACAANAGGACCGAGUCCAUCUAAGANAGGACCUCAACCAUCAACUCCAGNAACUUCUCCUGNGACGUCUCCAAUACAACCAACAANAGGACCGAGUCCAUCUAAGANAGGACCUCAUCCAUCGAAUCCAGNAACUUCUCCUGNGACGUCUCCAAUACAGCCAACAANAGGACCGAGUCCAUCUAAGANAGGACCUCAACCAUCAAAUCCAGNAACUUCUCCUGNGACGUCUCCAGACCNGAGUCCAUCGAAUCCAGNAACUUCUCCUGNGACGUCUCCAAUACAACCAACAAAAGGACCGAGUCCAUCUCAGANAGGACCUCAUCCAUCGAAUCCAGNAACUUCUCCUGNGACGUCUCCAAUACAACCAACAAAAGGACCGAGUCCAUCUAAGANAGGACCUCAACCAUCAAAUCCAGNAACUUCUCCUGNGACGUCUCCAGUACAGCCAACAANAGGACCGANAACUUCUCCUGNGACGUCUCCAGUACAGCCAACAAAAGGACCAAGUCCUUCUAAGANAGGACCGAGUCCAUCGAAUCCAGNAACUUCUCCUGAUGACUUCUCGUGUGCAUCGUCUCCAGNAACUUCUCCUGNGAGGUCUCGAGUCCAAUCUACGANAGGACCGAGUCCUUCUAAGANAGGACCUCAACCAUCAAAUCCAGNAACUUCUCCUGNGACGUCUCCAGUACAGCCAACAAAAGGACCGAGUCCAUCUAAGANAGGACCGAGUCCAUCUCAGANAGGACCUCAACCAUCAACUCCAGNAACUUCUCCUGNGACGUCUCCAAUACAACCAACAANAGGACCGAGUCCAUCUCAGANAGGACCUCAACCAUCAACUCCAGNAACUUCUCCUGNGACGUCUCCAAUACAACCAACAANAGGACCGAGUCCAUCUAAGANAGGACCGAGUCCAUCUAAGANAGGACCUCAACCAUCAAAUCCAGNAACUUCUCCUGNGACGUCUCCAAUACAACAAACAAAAGGACCGAGUCCUUCUAAGANAGGACCGAGUCCAUCAACUCCAGNAACUUCUCCUGNGACGUCUCCAGUACAACCAACAAAAGGACCGAGUCCAUCUAAGANAGGACCUCAACCAUCAACUGAAGNGAUUUCUUCAGGUUUUUCAAAUAAUGUGCCUACGCAGAGUCAGAAUUGGGAGAGAAUCAAGUAGCCAAAAUAUAGGUACUACAAGUUGUUUUAACAACGACUAAGAAUUUUCAUCAUCUUCCAGAACUAGCGGAAGUUUUUAGU